AACAAGGAAGUCAUGACCUAGCUGUCGAUGGUCUAACCGGUAAUGAGGAGGCGCUCUUCUCACGUACAGGUAGAAGUGACGAAAACGCAAGAAGAUAUUUAGAAGAGAAUGUUGUGCUAGAGAACGCACAGACGAAAGAUAGAGGAGAUCAGGCAGGGACGAAGGACAGCGCACGUAGCGAAGAAGAAAAUAAUGCAAGGAACAGCGCACGUGGCGAAGAUGCUGGGACCUCUUGGUCAUCUGAGACGAGAGACGCCAUCCUUCGGCGGAUGCUCGGCGUACGUUUGAAUGAGGACGUGCUAAACUGGGCAGCCAUUCCGGAUACGGUGUACACGCGACACAUCAGCUGGGUCGAAGCGUUUUGUGGCUGUCCUCAAGCGGAGUUGCUCGGAGACGUCCAGCAGUGCAACGAGUGCCGGAGAAGCGACGCGCAGCUCUACGCCGCCAGCUUAUAUUAUGCCUUGAUGACCAUCACCAGCAUCGGUUACGGAGACACCGCCACGCCGGCGACGGUCGACGAGAGGUGGCUCGGCUGCGUGUUUCAGAUCAUUGCUGCGAUGCUGUGGGUCCAGGUGAUCGGCAGCGCCUGUGGCGUGCUCGCGAACAUGGACAGCAACGUGAAGGAGUUUUACCAGACGAUUGAUGAACUGAACCACUUAACUGGCCAGAUGAACCUGAGUCAGCGGAUGCGACGGCGACUCCGGAUCUUUUUUUACAACACGAGGCAGGUGAACCGCAUGCGGAGCUACCACGAGCUGAUGUCGCGGUUGUCGCCCAACUUGCAGGCGGAACUCUUUUUCUCCUUGAACGGCACCUUUGCGAUGCAGGUUCCCUACUUGCGCGACGUAGAGCACAAACUUCUAGCGUACAUCUGUCAAAAGUUAAAAGAAAAAGUCUUCGCGCAAGGCGAACUGUUCGUGGACAUUCAGUCUCUGUACAUUCUCAAGCGCGGUUUGGUGCUCAUGGACGGAAAGGUCUACAUCAGCGGGCAGUACUGGGGAGAAGACUUUCUGCUGGAUGCGCCCGAGCUGAUGCGCUUUUACCGUGGGGCGGCCCUAACCUACGCCGAGACCGCACACCUAACGCGCCAGGACUUAAACGACUGCCUCCUGAGGUACCCCUCGGAGCGGGCACGGAUCCGCCGCUUCAAGGUCAGGCUGGCCGCGAUGCGCGGCUUCGUGAACGAAGCUCGACGGCGCCUUGCAGCACAAGCGAGGCCGGAGGGUGAGAAGAUGCACGCUUCCGCUCGGGCUGAGGAGGCUGAACGGGCUGAAGCGUUGGAGGCGCAAAUAAAUUCGGCAUUGGCGGAGCUGACGCCGAGAGGCAUUCCGGCCCUCGCCACGCGGACUUCAGCUCCUGGCGCUCUACUUUCCCCCACGUCCUCAGGCGCUGCUAUUGGAGCUACGAGCCUCGGCGCACCCUCACCCUCUGCGAUGAGCGCCGUGAGUGGGACCCUCUCCUUUCUCAGCGAGACGGCCGACUCUCUUCCUGAAUUAGGUGCGUCGUACGUGGAAGGAACUCCAUCUGGCUAUGCCCCGAGUGGGUUUUCGGGUUAUUCCCCCAGCGCCUGCAGCGGCGACACAACAAGUGCAGUGAACACUCCAGCCGAGCAUCUCAGAGCGGGUGUAGCUGCAAGUGUUUACGGAGACGGAGGUCGAGAGACGACCGGCAACAACAUCAUGGGGGGUGGCCCUCCGGGGCAGCUCGGCAUGAUUGCUGAGGAGGGCAAGAGACGCGAGGAUGAAGCGGGUACUCCUGUAGAACUCAGGCCUUCUAGCAGCGGGGCCAGCAGCGGCAGCGACCUCCUUGUGAAUCGGCGAGAGACUUGGGCCCAGUUGCGAUUAGCAGAGCAGCGUAGCCCGAAGGAAGCUGCUGCGGACAGGGCGGGAAGACUCGACAGGCGGGAACAAGUAGUUGGUACAACUGGCGC